AAAAACUUAAAGGUGGGGUAUAUGAUCCUGGAUAAACGGUUCCUGCCAGCUACAUUUUUGAAAAUACACACCUUCAGCCCACCCCACGAAACCACGCCUCCAAAUUACAUGAACGCGCCUGCUGUCAGUCGAGAAUGUUCGGAUGUUCCCGAGAACGAAACAGGCCGAGACCUCGCGAGUGCACGUGACUCGGGAUGAGGCGAGAAGCUCAUGUCUAUUACUAGCUAACCACAACAUAACAGGCUAACUUCCAUGAUGGCGUCGUCUUCUCCUAGUACGAGCUUCCACGGCGACAGCUCCUCUAGCUCCCCUGAGCCGACGUCCAAACGCCCGAAACGCCAGACCAGUACAAGAGGUGGACCGAGGGGCAGCGAUCGUGGGGGCAGAGGCAGAGGCAGAGCUGGGACAGCAGGUGGAAGACCCAGGGGAAGGAGACCUCAGCCGUGGGGUCUUGAACUUACGCAGGAGGACUUUGAGAGAAUUCGAGACAUGCGAGCGGACAGGAUUGCAAAUGAGGAUGCCCGAAUUCAAUCCCUGGAUUUACAACAAGCUCGAGAAAUAUUGCGAGGCGCCCUGACCCGUGACCCCAGCCUGAUGUUCGACUUAGCACACCGGACAUCUGGCCCUCCAGGUCCGCAGCCACAGCCCCCUGCAGCCCAACCUACCUGGUGCGUCUGCACCAAUUGCAAGGAGAUGCCAACCGACAUUGAGAGAAAGUGUUGUGGAGAACCGGCCGACUCCUGCAUCGCCAUGAUGCAACACAUGGACGAGUUCAUAUUGUUAGAGGGGAUUCUCUAUUUUGCAGGGAGAAUUUGGGCAGAAGUGCGGGCAGAGGCUGAUGUUGUUGGACCUGGAGAAAGCAACAGAAGAUUCAGGCAUGCAGCCUACCGACAGUUUGUGGUGUGGCAGUAUGGGGCACUGGGUCACGGCCGGCGUGUCGUUAUACCCAGUUGCUGCGUAUGGAGGAUCCGUGACCGUUAUCCUGAUCCACUGGGCCAGUAUAGAGGGUUUGUAGCAAGUAGGGUGUGAACACAAACUGGCGAUGUACAUAACUUUAUAAUUAUUUUUAUUCCUACUGUCUUUGUGUACAUAGUUGUAUUGUAUAAUUAUUGUUAUUUGUAGUUGUAUACAUCUGCAUGGAUACUGUUCUCUUGGUUUUGAACCAUUCUACCUUUGACAUUUGCGUGUGCAUUUGAAAAUAAAAGCAUAAUUUCAAAAAUC